AAUACCAUUUUUACUAAACACUAAACUAUCGUCUAAACAAACCGUUAGGGUUGCUCCUCCUCUUCGCAUUAAACGGGAGGUAUACCCGGGUUACAUCCCCAAGAGAUUAAACGGGGGAAGAAGACGGACGGAAAUCCCUCUCAGACCCGUUCUAGGCAAAAAUCUCUGUCUCUGUUAGAACGGGGAGAGAAGACUUGGCCCCGACAAGUAUGCCGACUCUCACCAAGCUCUACACAUUGCAAGAAGCCUCCAGCCAUAAUACCAAGGACGAUUGCUGGGUCGUCAUUGAUGGCAAGAUAUAUGAUGUGACCACGUAUCUAGAUGAGCACCCAGGCGGAGAUGACGUAGUCCUUGCUGUAACUGGGAAAGAUGCAACAGAUGAGUUUGAAGAUGCUGGGCACAGCAAAACCGCAAGGGAGCUCAUGGAAAACUUCUUCAUUGGUGAGCUUGAUCUAACUUUUCCAGCAAUCCCAGAACUUGAAAUUUCUCACAAGAACCAGCCAACAGAGUAUUUCAAGGAACUUGUGGAGUUGUCAAAGCAGUACUGGGCUGUUCCUGUGGGCAUUCUCAGCAUCUCAGUGGGGAUUGGCUUCAUGUAUUUACGAAAGAAGGGAAGCAACUGAAAAUUUCCAUUAUUGGCUGCAUGGGAAAGAAAAAUUGUUGUGACAAAUUUUGAAUAAUUAGAAGCUCCAAAGGAGUAAUUAUUUCUCAGGAUUCUUGAAUAAUUAGAAGGAUAGAGAUUACUGUUCCAAAAACUUGAAAGGGAUUUUAGAUUUUGGGUUUGGUUGGACAUAAUUUUUCCCUUAAUCACAUGAUGAGGAACGAUGCAGCAUAGCUUUUAA